CCGGGACGGAAGCCGAGCGGGCGUCUGAGCGAAGUCAGCGGGGAGUGGGAGCGGGGCUGUCCGCUGCGAUGAUCCCACCGCAGGAGGCUUCCGCCCGGCGGCGAGAAAUCGAGGACAAGCUGAAGAAGGAGGAGGAGACGCUCUCCUUCAUCCGAGACAGCCUGGAGAAGAGCGACCAGCUCACUAAGAACAUGGUGUCUAUCCUGUCGUCCUUCGAGAGCCGGCUCAUGAAGCUGGAGAACUCCAUCAUCCCCGUGCACAAGCAGACGGAGAAUCUGCAGAGGCUGCAGGAUAAUGUAGAAAAGACAUUAUCCUGCCUGGACCACGUCAUCAGCUAUUACCACGUAGCCAGCGACACUGAGAAGAUCAUCAGGGAGGGUCCCACAGGCAGGUUGGAAGAAUACCUGGGAAGCAUGGCCAAAAUCCAGAAGGCUGUGGAGUAUUUUCAGGACAACAGCCCAGACAGUCCAGAGCUCAACAAAGUGAAGCUGCUGUUUGAGCGGGGGAAGGAGUCCCUGGAGUCUGAGUUCCGCAGUCUGAUGACCCGGCACAGCAAGGUUGUCUCCCCUGUGCUCAUCCUGGACCUGAUCAGUGGUUAUGAUGACCUGGAGGUCCAGGAAGAUGUGACCCUGGAGCACCUGCCUGAGAGUGUGCUCAAGGAUGUCAUCCGCAUCUCCCGCUGGCUGGUGGAGUACGGCCGGAACCAAGACUUCAUGAAUGUCUACUACCAGAUCCGCUCUAGCCAGCUGGACCGCUCCAUCAAAGGCCUAAAGGAGCAUUUCCGCAAAAGCAGCUCCUCCUCUGGGGUGCCCUACUCCCCUGCCAUCCCCAACAAGAGGAAAGACACACCUACCAAGAAGCCCGUCAAGCGGCCAGGGACGAUCCGUAAGGCUCAGAACCUUCUGAAACAGUAUUCCCAGCAUGGUCUAGAUGGGAAAAAGGGGGGCUCUAACCUCAUUCCUCUGGAAGGGAGAGAUGACAUGCUGGAUGUGGAGACUGAUGCCUACAUUCACUGCGUCAGCGCCUUUGUCAAGCUGGCCCAGAGCGAAUACCAGCUGCUGACGGACAUCAUCCCCGAGCACCAUCAGAAGAAAACCUUUGACUCCUUGAUUCAGGAUGCACUGGACGGACUGAUGCUUGAGGGGGAGAACAUCGUGUCUGCUGCCAGGAAAGCCAUCAUCCGCCAUGACUUCACCACAGUGCUCACAAUCUUCCCCAUCCUGCGGCACCUCAAGCAGACCAAGCCUGAGUUUGACCAGGUGCUCCAGGGCACAGCAGCCAGCACCAAGAACAAGCUGCCCAGCCUCAUCACCUCCAUGGAGACCAUUGGAGCCAAAGCACUAGAAGACUUUGCUGACAACAUUAAGAAUGAUCCAGACAAAGAAUACAACAUGCCCAAGGAUGGCACCGUCCACGAGCUCACAAGCAACGCCAUCCUUUUCCUACAGCAGCUUCUGGACUUUCAGGAGACGGCAGGUGCCAUGCUGGCCUCUCAAGUUCUUGGGGACACAUACAAUAUUCCUUUAGACCCCCGAGAAACCAGCUCUUCGGCUACCAGCUACAGCUCCGAGUUCAGCAAGCGCCUGCUGAGCACCUAUAUCUGCAAAGUCUUGGGAAACCUGCAGCUGAACUUACUGAGCAAGUCCAAGGUGUAUGAGGACCCAGCACUGAGCGCCAUCUUCCUGCACAACAACUAUAACUACAUCCUCAAGUCCUUGGAGAAGUCUGAGCUGAUCCUGCUGGUGGCUGUGACCCAGAAGACUGCUGAGCGUUCCUACCAGGAGCACAUCGAGCAGCAGAUCCAGACCUACCAGCGCAGCUGGUUAAAGGUGACUGAUUACAUCACAGAGAAGAAUCUUCCGGUGGUACAGCCUGGAGUCAAGCUCCGGGACAAGGAGCGGCAGAUAAUUAAGGAACGUUUCAAGGGCUUCAAUGAUGGCCUUGAAGAGCUGUGCAAGAUUCAGAAGGCCUGGGCCAUUCCAGACACAGAGCAGAGGGACAAGAUUCGACAAGCUCAGAAAACCAUUGUCAAGGAGACCUAUGGCUCCUUUCUGCACAGGUAUGGCAGCGUGCCCUUCACCAAGAACCCCGAGAAGUACAUCAAGUACCGUGUGGAGCAGGUGGGCGACAUGAUCGAUCGCCUUUUCGACACCUCUGCCUAAGCCUGCCCGUGUGCUGCCUCGUUCCUCCAGACUCCCACGUCAUUGGACUGAUGAACCAGUGUUAGUAUACCUCUGCGCCGGGAACCCUGUCCCUGCUGUUUGCAGCUCCCCUGUGGAUGAACCGGUGUUAGUAUACCUCUGCGCCGGGAACCCUGUCCCUGCUGUUUGCAGCUCCCCUGUGGAUGAACCGGUGUUAGUAUACCUCUGCGCCGGGAACCCUGUCCCUGCUGUUUGCAUCUCCCCUGUGGAUGAACCGGUGUUAGUAUACCUCUGUGCCGGGAACCCUGUCCCUGCUGUUUGCAUCUCCCCUGUGGAUGAACCGGUGUUAGUAUACCUCUGUGCCGGGAACCCUGUCCCUGCUGUUUGCAGCUCCCCUGUGGAUGAACUGGUGUUAGUAUACCUCUGUGCCGGGAACCCUGUCCCUGCUGUUUGCAUCUCUCCUGAGGAUGAACCAGUGUUAGUAUACCUCUGCGCCGGGAACCCUGUCCCUGCUGUUUGCAUCUCUCCUGUGGAUGAACCAGUGUUAGUAUACCUCUGCGCCAGGAACCCUGUCCCUGCUGUUUGCAUCUCUCCUGUGGAUGAACCAGUGUUAGUAUACCUCUGCGCCAGGAACCCUGUCCCUGCUGUUUGCAGCUCCCCUGUGGCCCAUAUCUCCUGUCACAGUAGCACUCACCCAGAAUAUGGGGUCCUCUCACAUGUUGGGCUUCAUUGUGGAGUGCAGCCAACAGGGGCCCCAAGAUGACUUCGGAGACAUGAUUCCCCUAGCUUCUAUGUGGGUGCCAAGAAUGAGAUGCCAGACUCCACCCUGGUCUACUUCCAUCCUCUUCAGCCCACAGAUGAGCGGGCUCAAAGAACAGGCCAAAUGGCAGCCGGCAGAGCUGGAGGCCAGGCUGUCAUGUGACCUGCUCCCUGGACUUGUGCAGUAGCCCCAGUUCUCUGGAAUGCCCUGCUACCUGGGAGUCCCCUGGUGACAGGAGGUGGGAGGGCUCUUUCUCUGGUCCCUUUGGAUCUAGCACACUGUAACAAGUGUUUGGAGGAGUUGUAAACCGCCCUGUGGGGGCAGCCCCUCGGGUAUCUUUUUCCUGGCUCCCAGCUUCUGUGCUCACGGCCCAGGGCACGCAGCGGUGGCUACAGAAAGUUUAGCCUAGAAGCAUCAGGGGCAGGGAACUGGCGGACAAAGGGGAGCAAUUCAGGAGCAAAGUGUGAGGCCGUGAGGGUGAAGCUGGUCUGUAGGUUGGCAAUGAACAGCUGUGUCAGGAAGGCAGACCCUUAGGGUGCAUUUGGGUGAUGGCUUGUUUUGCUUUUAUACACGGGGCACUCGGGAUCCAUGUGCCUCCUGCUAGAGAAUGGAGCUGACCCUCUCUAGAGACACUGUCCUAGCCAUAGGAACUGUGCUGUACCCUCAAAUCUGUAUCCCUAGGCCCCACCCUGUUAUAGACUGGGCUGUCCACCAGGAGGCUACCUUGCCAGGGGCCAGGUCACACUUGCACGUGUCCCACAUCCAGACUGGCCGCAUACAUGACCUGACUGCACAUCACACUCCCACAUACAUGACCUGACUGCACAUCACACUCCCACAUACAUGACCUGACUGCACAUCACACUCCCACAUACAUGACAUGACUGCACAUCACACUCCCACAUACAUGACCUGACUGCACAUCACACUCCCACAUACAUGACCUGACUGCACAUCACACUCCCACAUACAUGACCUGACUGCACGUCACACUCCCACAUACAUGACCUGACUGCACAUCACACUCCCACAUACAUGACCUGACUGCACAUCACACUCCCACAUACAUGACCUGACUGCACAUCACACUCCCACAUACAUGACCUGACUGCACGUCACACUCCCACAUACAUGACCUGACUGCACAUCACACUCCCACAUACAUGAGGAAGAAGAUGUGCUCAGCAACUGUAGCUCAGCCCUUUCUUGAAUUCUUUCCUUUUCCAGGAGCUGAUGGCAGGGAAAGGAACUGUCUUCCAGAGCAGAAGGGUGAAAGACAGGGCUUCUUAGUCCAGAGUGUCCCUUCUUUAGAUCGACUAAUUAAAGUUUGGGUCUGGUUCUUCCCAAGCCUCCUCCAGAGGAAGAAGCACCCGAUUAGAGAAAUUUGCCAAGGAAAUGGGGGGAAUGAUUCUGCCUGGCUUCAUAAAUGCUUCUACCUGGGGAGAGAAAGAUGGCACCCAAGCCAGGUGCCAGCAGACAGAUGCCGAGAGCCUGCAGCCACCCAGUCUCCGAGUCUGGCAGGCUGCAGGUGCGCAGCUUACCACUCUGCUCUGUUACAUCUCCAUGAGCCACACUCCCGGGGUGGGCCUUACCCUUGCCUACCCUCCACACUAGGUCCUGGGCUCUUCCCAUCACUCAGUUCCCCUCUGGGCACAGGCUUGGGGCUGCUCUGGUCUCCAGGGCUAUGUCUCCAUGGCAGCCUUGGUGCUGAGGAAGAGCAGCAGCAGGUGAAGAAGUCAGCUGCCGUUGGAAGGGACAGAGGCUGGACCUGGACCCAACUGGUCUUGGUGCCAGGUGGGAGCAGGGGAGCAGGUCUUACUGAGCAGUGGAUUGCAGGAAGGGGAACUGGGCAGAGCCUAUACUGGGGAGGAGUGGAAGGCAAGGAAGCCGAGCAACAGUGUCACUUGGUAGGCAGUGCACGUAGUGGUUCGACCCUCACGCCAACAGCAGUGUCUCCCUGGGAACCAAUCCCACCAGGAUGGACUUGGGCUCAGUGUUCUUCGGGUGCAUCUUGGAAGGAAAAAGGCAUUUCCUGGGGUGUGGAGAGAGCAGGCAGAAGAGAGACCACCAUGCCUCUGGGGAUAUUUAUACCAUCACUCCCCCUCCACCGGGCUCGACCAGCCUCUUCCCAGGUGGACUCUGUCACUGGGAAGCAGGGCAUGGGAUGCCCGAGUGGGACCUGAGCUUUCAUGUCAUGAGCUGCAUGUUCUUUCUUGACACAAUCUCCUCUACCACAUGGGCCUGGAACUCCAGCUCCGUCACUGAAAAGGGUAGGAUAUGUCUCUUGAGAGAGACAAGCCCCAGAAGCUGCAGGCUUCUGAGGGCAGGUGGGGGAGGGAGCCAAUCCGCAAGGUCUCCCUGGCCUUUGGGGGCGCACCAGGUGGCCUCCUCCAGUUAAAGAAGAGCCUUAGAAGCAGAGUUGAGUUUUCCUCGUGGAAAUAAAUGCACGUGACAGCA